AUGAAGCAGAGCGUUUAUGGCCGAAGCUUCGACGAUAAUGAGGAACAACAUCCUCGUCUGUUAUCACGCAGUCCCAAGAUCCCAGUCACUACCUCAAAGGAAUCUAGUAGUGGUGGGAAGAGGAAACGGAAGAUCCAGCUGCUCCCGAGUCACCCGGACAACCACAUCGCUCUGCCUCCACCUCCAGAGCUCGGCUACACCAUCACUGCAAAAGAUCUCGAUGAAGAGAAACGAGCCGCCAUCAGCAAGAUCCAGAAAGUCCUGGAGACGCCUGCUCCAGAGCCAGAGAAGUCCGCCUCUCUCCCAACCUCCACUUCUACUCAGCCCGAGUUAUCAACCACAUCUGCCCCUAAAACCACCUUCACCAGCAGCAGCAGCACCACCCUGAGUAGCCUUCUGGCAGCUCCUCUGCCCACAGCCUCCAGCGCUGCCAUCCCAGUCAUCAACCUGGAUCCAAGCCCGGUCAGCAGCAGCAGCAGCAGUAGCAGUGUCAGCGCGGCUCCUGCAGCCUCCAACCCGCUGCUGGAGGCUCUGAAGAUGAAGAGUAGCACAGCGAGCUCCACACCUGCUGCCAGCACUACGACAGUGUCUGCAGUCACCACACCGGUGCAGCCGAGCAGUUUAAACCUGCAGACGACGGCCACAGUGAACCCCUUAGGGCUCCCUCCUCCCUACCAGUCCCAGUCCCAGCCCCAGACCUCCUCCUCUACUGGUGGGGAGCAGCCCUCUGCCUUUACUCAGGUGCUGGCCCAGGUCUCCAAACCUCCCAGCAGCACCCCGUCUGCAGCAGGCCUGUUUGGUCUUCUGAGCCAGACGAGCACCCCGACUGCUUUCACAGCGUCUAACCCCGUCACUGCUGCGUCCGCUGCUGCUCCGAUCAGCAGCUCCAACGCACCCAUCAGCACCAGUUACACCAGUACGGCCAACCCUCUGCUGUCUUCAGGGUUCAAGCCCAUCUUCUCCGUCACCACCUCCACUUCCUCCUCCUCAGCUGCUCCGCCUCAGAGAGCAAACCCGCUGUCCAGAAUUUCAAGCCCAUCUUUGCGAGCACGGACGGCGGGCGGAGGCUUCGGGCAGCCGUCGUCCCUGACAACCACCAACCCGUCGUCUACGGUUUCCUCCAGUAGUACGCCCUCGAUGUUCGGCUUGACAAGCAACACAGUUGCACCGUCAGCUUUCCCCGGCUUGGCCAACACCCUAACCGGAACUCCCUCCUCCUCCUCCAGCAGCAGCUCCGUCACCACCUCCGCCUCGCAACCCGACGCUGUUAAAUCCCUCUUCGGAAACUGGCCCGCUCCGUCAACCACGAGUACGAGCUCUGCACCGGCUACAGGAAGCACAUUUCAAUUUGGAGCUGCUACAACUACGCCUGCAGCCGCCGCCGCUGCUGCUGCUACCACGACCUCCACCAGCUCCAAUUUCUCAUUCGGUGGAGCUCAGCCGGACCCUCAAGCAGCUAACCCGAAGGGAUUCACGUUUGGGCAGACUGCACCGAGCCAGAACACGACCACGGCUUCAUUUGGAGGCUUCGGCAUGGCCAAUACAGCACCCACUACCGUCGCCCCCUCCACCCAAUCCACCUUCGCCUUUGGAAAGCAGUCAUUUGAAGCUCCGGCAACUCAGUCCACCUUCAGCUCCACAGCAGCUCAGCCGAAGCCGUUCUCCUUUGGAGGCGGAGCAGCCACCUCCACGCCUGCCUCUAACCCCGCCCCGGCCCCCGGUCCUUUCAAUUUCGGAGCACCUGCCGCCGCCACCACAGCGUCCACUUUCGGAGCACCUGCUGCAACCACAGCAUCCACUUUCGGAGCACCUGCUGCCACCACAGCAUCCACUUUCGGAGCACCUGCUGCCACCACAGCAUCCAGCUUCGGGACUCCAGCUAAACCAACAUUCGGAGCCACCUCUACUGGUUUUAGCUUCGGAGGCACCACUGCUCCGUCGGCCGCUCCCACAGCUGCUCCCGCCGCCGCUCCUCCGAGUUUCGGUGGAGCGGCUCAGACUCAGAGCUCCGCCUCAGCUACUUUCACGUUUGGAGGUGCAGCUCCUCCUCAGCAGGCUCCGCCCCCCGGACCUGCUCAGCCAGCACCCGGAGGAUUUAACUUUGGUGGUGCUGGUAUGCCGCGGCCCCAGUUUGGAACACCGGUCGCAAGUAAUCCUGCAACACAAAUGGGAGGAUUCAACUUUGGGGCUGCUGACAAACCAGCUUUUGGGACGUCCACGCCAUCCUUCGGCCAGAGCACCCCUGGUCCGAUCCCCUUCGGAAGUCCUGGAACUCCAGUCCAAGGCUUCAACGCUGUUCCUUUCGGGUCUCCUGCGACUCCCUCCUUCUCCAUCGGUGCCGGAUCGAAGCCGUCUGGAGCUCGGCAGAGGCUGCAGGCGCGGCGGCAACACAACAGGAAGAAGUAACCUCCUGCUCCUCACUCUGCUGCUAGCCCAACAACCUAUCAGAGGACUCCGGCUUCUUGUCGCUG